GACUGAUCGUGACUUGACAGAGAUGCGAGACUCCCAUUGAUUGAUCUCCACUCAACUCCCCGCUGACCAGAGAAAACACCCGAUAGCAGAUGCGAGAGGGGAUUUAAAUUAGACGAAUAUCGUCCGCUUGACUUGACGGACAAGGUAGCUAUCUGUUUUCUCGUACGGGUUGUGAUAGUCAGCUUAUUUUUUCGACAAAAAAACUAGCUUAAUAUUGAUACAGCGCGACGUUAGCUUGGUUGUAAUGUCGGCACAGUUUGACUUGUUUUCCCCUGUAGACUUCGCUUCCUGUUAGCCUUUGGCUAGCUGGAAAAUCGGUAUUAUGCUAAUGAACUAACAGGUAUAGUUAGCCAACGCAGAGGGGUGUAACUUUGCUGCCUACAGAAGCUAUUCGUUGCAGUAUACUUAGAUUUAACUUGUAAACCUAUGCUAAUAACUUUACUUUACAACCAGAAUAAAGACCGCUGGGUUCUUUGAGUUUGCUAACGCUCGACGGCUAGCCAUUUUGCCUGUGUUGACGGAUUUAAGUAUUUAACUUGCUUGGAUGUCCAUGGGAAAGAGCAAACGAUAUUUAAUCGAUUGUUAACGAAGGUAUUGGCAAUUGGCUCUUGUGUUAAGGAGUCAAAUGCUUGUAACCAGUGCCUAUAAAAUACUUUAUCUGCCGUUGGAAACCCUGACGGUGUUCACUGUGAAAAGACAAAAGGGAAGCAAAGACUUGUUCAGCCGUUCUGGUAACCAGGUUACCACUGAUGACCGCGAAGGAAGAAAAUAGCUAUUUUGUUGUUGCUUUGGCUAGCUGUGUGCCAUAUAACUAUUUAAUUUCUUAAACGGUUCGAGCAUUUUGGCGUGAAAAAACAAAAUCGCGCUUUCCGUUGAGUUGACCUGCACUGACAGGAGAGAGUGGAUGGAGUCGAUGCAGAUGGUGCUUGUGCGGUAUAUGAGGGCUGUGCUUCCCUGAACCUGCUGCUUUCACUUUGAAUGAUAAUACAAUAUAAAAAAUCCACUUUAGAUGCCUUAGAAAACCACUUCUAGUCAACGAUCAACAUCGCCAGUGUUAACUAACGGGGUAGGAAGUGCAGAGAAGCGGUCGUCGAUUUUCUUUUUCCUGCCCUGAUAUCACAUCCAUCCACCACCGCCCUCCUCCUCCUCCUCUCCGGCCAUGGACCCCCCGAGGACUCGGUCGCGGUCUCGUUCUGGUUUCUACCAUUUCUCCAUGAACGGCAGCGUUGGGAGCAACGGGAACGGCAACGCGAUCGGUAGCGGGAGCCUGCUGAACGGCAGCGGGGGAGGGAUGAGCUACCCGCCGCAGAGCAGCCCCGGCUGGGCGCUGCACCACGGAGGGCGCAGCUACCCGGAGAGCCCGCAGCAGCAGCAGCAGCAGCAGCACACCCAGGGGAGCUACCUGUCCGCAGGGGUGCACCGCCACUCCUCACACGGAGCCCACAGGCACCCCGGGGCUGGAGGUGUGCUGCAUUUUCAUCCAGAUAAUGUGUGCAGCGAUGAUCGGGACAAAAUGGAGGACAGCCCAAGCCCAAAAAGGCAACGUCUUUCCCAACAGUCCAUGUUAGAUCUUAGCUCCGCCCCUCCCUCUACUCCCUCCUCUCCAAUUCGUCCCUGGGAGUUGCCUCCUAGUCGCAGACCACACCCCCACUACAUGCCAGAGAGAUGCCACACACCUGUGAGAAACCGCCGCAGCCCUCCAAUGAGACGUCAGCGUGGUCGAAGAGACCGUCUGACACGCCACCACCACCACAACACGCACAACAACAGCAACCACCACCACUACAACAGCAACAGCAGUCACCACCACCAUCACCACCCUGGUGCUCACCACCAUCACCACCACCACUUGCAUUCUCACCACGGCCCAUCACCGGGCCAUCAAGACGAGAACUACCGCCACCCAGCUCCUCCUCAGGGUUACCCACCCUACAGUCAGCAGCCUCCCCGUGGCCCAGGACAGGGGCAUGAAGAGCGCACUGGUUACCAUCCCCCAAAUCCCUCCCCGAGGCCCCUUCACCAGUCGCCCAACCUGUCCCCCCGGCUGCUGCACCCUGGGGCCCACCCGCAGCACCCACACCCCUCUCAGCAGCAGAGCAGUAUGGUGCUGGACCUCCAUGAGCAGGGUUCAGCUCCAGUAUCGUAUUCCAUGUCUCCUCCGGGGGCUCCACCAGGGCUCCCCCCUCGCACGGCUCCACAGCAGAUCCCAGCGUGCUCCGUGGUCUUUAGUGGACAGCACUAUCCCGUCUGCAGUGUCCCGCCUCCUGUCCUUCAGACUUGUUCUGUCCAACACUUACCCAUGCCAUACCCAUUCCCAUCAUUACUGUCCAGUGACCCAGCCUUCCUGAUUCCCCCUCCUCAUCUCACCCACCCCCCCACACACCUUUCCCAUCACCCACCUCACCUGCCGCAGCCUGGACAGUUUGGGCCCUAUCCGGCGCAGCAGGCGCGAUCACCUUUACAGAGGAUUGAGAAUGAUGUGGAGCUGCUCGGAGAGCACCUGUCUCUGGGAGCAGGGCUCCAUUAUUCCCCUGCUACCCACCCGGCCCUCACGCCACACUCCACACAGCUCCACUUCCUCUCCCAUGAUCCUUUGCCACAGGAGUUCUUUGGAGUGUCUUAUCCAAACUUUAUUCCUCGACGUCUCCCUGGGCGACGGUACCGUUCGCAGCAGCUUCCACCUUCGCCUUACCAUCCCAGCCUCCUGCCUUACUUCCUGUCAAUGCUGCCAGUCCAGCCCACAGGUCCUGCGAUCAGCCUCGAGCUGGAUGUAGAUGAUGGAGAGGUGGAGAAUUAUGAGGCCCUCCUGAACCUUGCUGAGCGUCUGGGAGAGGCCAAAUUACGAGGACUGACCAAGGGAGACAUUGAACAGCUUCCCUCCUAUCGGUUCAAUCCAAAUAACCAUCAGUCUGAACAAACACUGUGCGUGGUAUGUAUGAGUGAUUUUGAGUCUCGCCAACUGCUGCGAGUCCUUCCCUGCAGCCACGAGUUCCACGGGAAGUGUGUCGACAAGUGGCUGAGGGCCAACAGGACGUGUCCUAUUUGUCGAGCCGAUGCCUCAGAGGUCCAGAGAGACUCAGAGUGACCACAGGAGGGAGUCAGACUCUCCCUGCUGUCUCUUCAAACUCGUCCAGCACUGCCUGCUCCUGAUGAAUUGAUGCACAUUUGCGUGCACACACGCAAACACACACAGAGUGUUACUUUAAAUGUUUGUGCAGCACUCUCUUCCUUUGUGGCCAUUUCUUUCUUGGCUAAAAGAAUCGCACAUUUGAUGUGACUGUCAUCAAACGUCUUCCCUAUCGCUUGAUUCUUUCCUGUUCCAUGCACAUUAGGUCCUCACCUUCUCAGUGAAUGACCCUUCUUCCUGCAUAUUUAGAUAUAUAUAUAUAUGUGUGUAUGUAUGUAUAUAACUACAUGCAUAUGUGUACACAUACAUAUAUGUGUGUGCGUGCGUGUGUGUAUACAGAUGUGCAUGCGCCACAACUCUGCAAGCAUUUUCUUGGUCAGCCCAGUAAUGCAGAGCUUUGGUACAAGACUGUGUGUGUGUUUUCAGUAUGCGUGCCUCUAGCUGUGUGAGAGAUUUUUAGAUGUCCUGGAGCAUGCCUGAGUUUUUUUCCGUUGUUGUUUUUUUUUUUUUUUUAAGUUGGUUGUGUAUCAGAUAAAAGUAACAAGAUGAGAGCCUUUGCUGUCAUGAGUGACUUAACUUCCUGUUUGUAUGUUUAUGCACUGAUGAUAUGCAUACUGUGUGUGUAUGUAUGUCGCAAACUUAAUCUUUUUCUCUUUUUUUGACACUAAGGGUCCAUGCUGCCACUGUAGUUCUCAUUUGCCUGUUUGAUUGAUUUUGUUUCAGUACAUUAUUAUUAUUAUUAUUAUUAUUAUUAUUAUUAUUGUUGUUGAAACUGUAUAAAUGAUUGCUUUCCUGCCCGGCAGUUACCUCAUCAUUCCGGUCACUCAUUAUAAGCGCUUUCUAGCACUUCUUUUAGACUAAGCACAUGUUUUCUUUUUCCUUUCUUUUCCAAACAAAAACAAGUUUGUCUGUGAUUUUUGCAGUGGCACAUGUUACAUAUAUAUCUAUAUACAUACUGUAUAAAUCUACAAAAUAUCUGUAUACUAAAUAAAACGCUUGAUAUGAACUUUUUAAACUCAGUAUUUUGUAUAUAUAUAUAUAUAUAUUUCUCUCCUCUAACUGUAAUUGGAGGCAAACGGGUUUGUGUGUGAUG